AUAAUCUAUAAGAUGCCAUCUAGCUUACGGUAACACCAUACAUAUCCAAGAACAUAUCUAGAGCAAUUGUCAUUGCCAUUGUCCCCAGAAUAUUCGCAAGCAAUAUAUGGACAUAUUUAUCAUUGUUGCCUGACGAAAAGUGCCCGGUCGCCCCCUUAGCGAGGGACAUCUAUUUCUCUAGAUCACUGACUACGUUCUACCCGUAAUUCUCCAUCGUUCUCUACAAUGUCCGGAGCCGAAAAGACUAUCACGAAAGAGGAGCUUGACGAAGCGGCCGGUGCCUCUAUUGUUAUUUCCGGCACGGCUAGCCCUCCUCUUGUCGAGCCCAACCGCAUUCCCUUUUUCCGAAGCACACUCUUCCAGAUUCUCGUGGUUGGCCUCUGUGCUUUCUCGGCGCCUGGGAUAUGGAGUGCGAUGAAUGGCCUGGGCGUGGGCGGAUCGCAGAGCCCCGAGCUCGUGAACGCCGCCAACGCUCUGCUAUAUGCCUUCAUGACGGUGACCUGUUUUGCCGGGCCGUGGCUGACGAACGUGGUCGGGUUUCGCGCGACCCUGUCCCUCGGCACGCUUGGCUACCCGCUGUACGCGGCCGGCCUUUACGUCAAUAACCGCUUCGGCUCUACGUGGUUAGUGUAUGUCGGCUCCGUUACCUGUGGCAUUAGCGCCGGCUUCUUCUGGAGCGUCGAGGGCGCCAUCGCGACAGGAUACCCCGAGCAGCAUAAGCGAGGCCGCUACAUAGCCACCUGGUUCACCUUCCGUAACUUCGGGAACAUCAUCGGGGGCGCCAUCUCCCUCGCUCUCAACCACAGCGUGAAUCGCCGUGGUCAAGUGGGAUACCAAACGUAUCUCGGAUUCAUCGCUAUUCAAUGUCUCGGGUGUCUAUUCGCUCUUCUUCUCUCCAACCCCGAGAAGGUUCAGCGGGACGACGGAACUCGCAUCGCAGCGCCGAGGGGCAUUGACUGGCGUACCGAGUUACGCGAGAUGUGGCGCCUGGGGAAGAGCAAGUCCAUCUUGCUGUUGACACCCCUUUUCUGGUACUACGGUUGGUCUCAAGCGUACCCGGGGACCUACCUAGCUACUUAUUUCACCGUGCGGUCGAGGGCGCUCGGCAGCUUUCUGUCUGCCGUCGUUGGCACUCUUGCCACCUGGCUAACCGGCAGCCUAGUUGAUCUGGAGUGGACUAAAAGUAGGACCACUCGCGCCGUUUUCACCUACAUCCUUAUCACGAUGCUCAACAGUGCCACCUGGAUAUGGGCGGUCAUUAUCCAGAACGAAUAUCGCUUUACACGGCCGGUCCUAGACUGGGGGGACCAAACUGCAUUUGGUCGCGGUUUUGGGAUAUAUCUGUUCGAUCGAAUCAGCCACGGGAUGGUCGAGAAUUAUAUCUACUGGUGCAUUGGUAACCUAUCCGACUCGCCGGGGGAUCAGAUUAGAUACAGCUCUUUAUUGAGAGGUAUCGAGACCGCCGGGGUUGCCCUGGGAUUUGGAAUCCAGGCGAUCCCAACAGCCCUUAUUGCGACUGCGGCCAUAAAUUUCGCCCUCUGGUUCAUUGCCCUCCCGUUCAGCUAUUACGCCACACUCAAGGUUCUCAGGAAGUUUAAGCAACUCGGGGAGAGUAGUCGCGGAAAUGGCGGAGCCCAGUCAGCUUGAUGUCAAACCGAACAUACGCUACGGAACGUAGUCUUCGACGAUAACCCAGCAUUCUGGUUGGGGUACUAUAGGGGUAGAGGGAGGUUGGAAGUUUCUGUUUUCAGGUAUCUAGUACGUAGAUAGAUGUGUACUUGUUUGUCAAUCUUACAAGAUACGAACGAUAAUCAUGUUGAAGUUUUUGUGUAGUAGGUUGGGUAUGUUGCCUAAGAAGCUCUAUCUAGCCGCUGUUGUUCGUAUUUAAUCGAGGGGCUUCUAUAAGCUAGGUAGGUUUACACCCAUAGUUAUCAGAUAGCGCCCUAGUUGAGAAUAGAAAUCCCCGAUUUUGCCUUCAGAUGUUGUCAACCUCGACGGUUGACCUAACACACUCAUGGGACCACCACGGUUCCCCCCCCCCCACGUUUGCAGCAUGGAACUAAGGGGGGUUUUUUUUUCAACCACUCCUUCUUUCCAUCCCA